CAGGAACGUUUGUCAAGAGAGAUCUCAGAUCGCUCCUCCUGGUGUGUUAGCACAGUGAGAAUGGGGUGUCUGUCCCCGCUCCUGGCUCUCGGCGUCUUGCUGGCCGUGACAGGAUCCGAAGCACAAAGUUCUGCAGCUCCCUGUCCACCGUGCCCUUCAGAUGCCCUCUGCCACAACAGCACCCACUGUGUUUGCAUGGAGGGCUUCCAGUCCCAUUCGGGGAGGAAAUACUUCACUGAGACCAAGGACCAGUGUGAAGAUAUCGAUGAGUGUAAGACCGGGCAGGCACAGUGCAAGGACAUCUCCUACUGUAGGAAUAAAAUUGGUAGCUACGUCUGCAGCUGUCUGGGCCUUCAUAUCAUCUCCUGGGUAGCUAAAUACCUUGAAUUCAAUUAUCCAGAAUGUUACGAGAACCCGACGACACCAUCACAACACCCACAACAGGAUGUCUGGAAACCCCCAACACAAAAUGCUACCAAAAAGGAAACUGCAAGAUGGAUCACCCAACUACUCCAUGACGUGGAAAUGACUGUAUGGAAUCAGAGUUCUGCUUCUCCGGGAAAGGGCAGUAAUUCCGCGUUUAACAUAGUCUAUGAAGCCAAGAAAUGUCACGAGCAGACCUUUCUGGAAGCUGGCAACAACUCCAUGAACAUCAACUGUGCGGACGCUUUCAAAGGAGCCAGAAAAGAAGUCAGCACGGUGGCUCUCAUCACCUACCAGUCUGUGGGGGAUAUUCUGGACGCCUCCUUUUUUAAUGACCCCAGAGGCAGGAGGGCAGUGAGGCUGAACUCGCGCGUCGUGAGCGGCACGGUUGGUCUACGAGACAAGCUUUCCCUGGCUGCACCCGUGUCCCUGACUUUCCAGCACACCCAGACAGGAGCUGAGAACAGACAGUACUUCUGCGUCUACUGGGAAGGAUCAGAGGAAGGCGGCAGCUGGUCAACCGACGGCUGCCAUCCCUUGGGCGGCAAUGAUUCCUACACCUUGUGCGAGUGCCACCACCUGUCCACCUUUGCUGUCCUCAUGGCCCUGAGACCCAAGGACGACCCGGUGCUGAGCGUGGUCACCCAGGUGGGGCUGAGCCUCUCCGUGCUCUGCCUCCUGCUGGCCGCCCUCACCUUCCUGCUGUGCCGGCCCAUCCGGAACACGUCCACCACCCUGCACCUGCACCUGGCCGUCUGCCUCCUGCUGGCCCACCUCCUCUUCCUCAGCGGCAUCCAGAGGACCGAGCCUAAGACGCUGUGCUCCAUCAUUGCUGGGCUGCUCCAUUUCCUCUACCUGGCCACCUUCUCCUGGUCGCUCCUGGAGGGGCUGCAUCUCUUCCUCACCGUCAGGAACCUCCGGGUGGCCAACUACACCAGCGCACACAGACUCAAGAAGAGAUUCAUGUACCCCCUGGGCUACGGCCUCCCCGCGGCCGUCGUCACCGUGUGCGCAGCAGCCGGACACCAACAUUACGGCACGAGCACUCACUGCUGGCUCACGGUGGACAGAGGGUUCAUCUGGAGCUUCCUGGGGCCCGUCGCAGCCAUCAUCUUGAUAAACUUUGUGUUCUAUUUCCAAAUUCUGUGGGUUUUGAGAAGCAAACUUUCCUCCCUCAAUAAAGAAGUCUCCACCAUUCAGGACACCAGAGUCAUGACAUUCAAAGCCAUCGCUCAGUUCUUCGUGCUGGGCUGUUCUUGGGGCCUCGGAUUCUUCCUGGCGGGAGGAGCAGGGGAGACGGUUGAAUCCGUCGUGGCCUACCUCUUCACCAUCGUCAACGUCCUGCAGGGCGUUCUGCUCUUUGUGGUGCACUGUCUGCUUAAUCGCCAGGUGCGGAUGGAGUACAGGCGGUGGUUUGGGGGGACCCAGAGGGGUGCGGGAGCCAACAGCACCGACCUGUCCCAGUCCACCCUCCACACCAGAACGUAAGAGCCAAGGAAAUCACCAGAAUUUGCUCGCUGAAGACACCGUACGCCAUCCAGCGCCUGAUUUGUUUCUGCUUCUUGGCCAAAGGCUGAACCUGACCUGGGCGUCCGUGGUGCCCUUGUGGUCACGGGUGGAUCGGCUAUCACUUUUCCUUCUCCAUUAAAGGCCCGUCCGCCGGGGCUAGUGUAAAAGUCAUUGACUGCCAUUUUUAACACACACUCAUUGUAACACUUAAUGGGCGACGUGUCCACGCACGAAUGUCUCGUGCCUCACUCUAACCAGCCCUCUCGUGUCUUCCUGGCUCUUCCCCUUCCCCAAGGACACCUGCCCAGCCCCUCUCUGUCCCUCUUCCACCUUCAGAUCAUGCUUGUUUUCCUGUUUCCCCCGUGAGCAGAGUCGUGUGAUGCCUGCCUUUGUAUAUCUGGCUUAUAUCGCUUAAUCCAACAAGUGACAGCGCUUGUUCCUUCGGGCUGAGCGUCCCUGCCGGCUCCCACACCCCCUCUACGCUCAGCCUUGCUUAGCAGCCUUCCUAAUGUUUCCCAAGAGGACAUUCUGACUUGCAUUUUGUACCUUUAAUUCUGUCCGCACACGUCUGCAGCCCAUGACCGUUACAUCCUUGUGGGCGCUGCACGUCACCCCAUGUCUGAUCGCGUCUGCCUCCCUUCCCUCCCCGCAGCCCACCUCGCGGGCUCACUCCCUUUGUGAAAGACCUCGCUCCCUGUUUGCUAGUAUCUUUCAUUUUACUCUGUAACUUACUGACAUCCUGGGUUUCUCCUAUAUGAAGCCUCAUGUGAUAUAUAAGCUUGUUUAUUAAAUAUAUACAAACAUAGCGAGAUUGUAUACUCUAGAUAUGAUGUACUCUAGAUGCUGGUCCUCUGUCCACAGGGCAGGAGCAGAGCACGCUCCCAUUCGUAGGUGGCCGCUGCCCUCUGCUGGCUGACUCCCUGCUGGCCGGAGCCCCUUUCCUUUGAUUUAGCUGAAUCACUGAGGCCUCAACUCCCCGGGUGAGCAAAA